GCGUACGUACGUGAUAAUUUUUUUUUUUUUGGAUGUCAAAAAUGUCCGGUUUGGGGCUUCGUAUGAAAUUGUCAGCAAGUGUUAAAAAUAAGAAAUAAUGCGCAAUGCCAAGACCAAGUACGAAAAAGAAAGGAAAAGCUGCUAGGUCGACAAAGAGAUCUAAAAAGAGAGGUCCUAAGGAAGAUGUGAAAUCAUCAACCAGUCUCCCUCCUGCAGUGGAAGGUCCGCUCCGAUGUUUCCUUAGGGUAGCCAUCACCAAGGUAACAUGGACCACGCCCAAGCUUCCUGAAUCUACCCAUGUCAGGUUGAGAUGGUGGGGAGAAACAGCCAGUGGAACAACUUUCAGGCCUGUAGAUGGCAAGAACCAAGGGAAAGCUGAGAGUCAGACUGUUGCUCGAUUUCCAAUAAGAUGUGGACCAAAGCAAUUUACAGCUUAUCUCAGUGAUAUGGGUAGUGUUAGUGUAGAUGUCCUUCGAGGUUCUUCUAUGGUUGUUGCAGGUAGAGCUCAGGUCAAUGAGAUCAGUGUCAUGUCACCACAAAAACCAAUCAGUGGGACAUAUCCAGUAUUUUCAGUGAAAGAUUCCCAGAAAAUCGCAGAGGUACAGAUUGCUAUGAUGUUUGAACCUCUUAUAACAUCUUAUGAUAGUUCCAGUUCGCUCCCAACAACCGAUGCUAGUAUGAUGGCGCCCUCUAGGCCUACCGAUCAGGACAGUGUCCGAUCUAAGACGUCUCAUCGUUCCACCUCAUCCCAUGCCUCCUCUAGAUCAGGUAUGAAGAAGAAGAUAUUCCCUGGUUCAAGCUCCACAGAAGGACCAUUCACAUCAGGCAAUUCUAAGGUUCACUCUGAUGCAGCAUCAAGGGAUCUUGAGUCUGAUUACAGCACUGGCAUUGGUCAUUUAUCAAAACCAUUAUCUCAGAGUAGUCACAUGAUGCAAUUGGAUGCCAAACAAGACCUAUCUAGGAAGCCACUAUCAACCUUACCAAUCACAAACAACGCUAGAUCACUACCCACUCAUCAAAUAGGCAACACUGUCCCAGACAGAUUGAAUCCAGAUCUCAUAUCAGCCUUGCUUGAUAGAGGCAAGAAGCUGAGAGAUGCUAUGAUCAAAGAAGAGUUAGGUCACCACUCUACAAGAAGGCAACCGUCUGUAGGCCAGAGGACACAGGAUGUUGACAGGAGCGGAGUUGCUGAGGGGCAGAGGAAAUAUAGAAGGAGAGGUUCAACUGGUGAAUUCUUUCGUGAGCUCCUUCAAGGAGAGCAAGAUGAAGUUCCUGUCAGGGAUGGUGAUCCUAUUGUUGCCCUUGGAAACCUAGUGGAUGAAGAAGAUGCAGAUACAGAGAACAGAGCAGUAGAACUUCUUGUGGGAGAUGUGCUAAAUGUUAAGGAUCUUAAAAACCUAAAAGCUUUACAUUCAGGGAGUGUAUCAUCUCACAGUGAUGAUGUCUAUAGUGAGGAGGAGGAUCCUCUCCAUGACAACAGCAUCCUGGAAGAACUCUUCUACAAAGGAGCGGCAAGCAGUAGUAAUGAGAGUCUGGCUGAUCUACUAGACUCAGAUUCAAGUGAUGAUAAUGAGCCUCAUAAGGCAAAGAGGACCAAACAAGGGAAGACCAAUGAUACUGCAUCACCAAGACUGCCACAUGAAGAUGCCAGCAGUAAUGGUUACUUAGACCCUAAUACAGCAGAUGAUAAUAACUCAAGGAGAUCAAGAAUUGAGAUGGAGGAUGAGGAGGAGAGAGGUGAUACCAGCCAAUCAUUGAGUGAAUCAAGAACAUCAGGGUCCCUAUCCCUUGCUUCGUCUCGUGAUGCUUAUCAUCAUAGAGGUCAUAGUGAGACUGACCCUGCAACUGGUCUGAGUGUAGAGAGACUGACACUUCUUGGACGUGUCCAUGUUGCUAGGGUAACCCUUGAUAAGCUUACUCUCCGAUCAGAACCAACUAGCCGAAUCCCUGUUCGGACAGGGAAGGGAGGAUCUACAGGGAUCAAGGGCAAACCUCCAAGACCAUUAACACAGAAAAAGAUAACUUAUUUUGUGGAGUACCAGUUCCCAGUCAGUGAGGCAUCAAAUGGUAGGAAUGGAACAGCAACCGGCGCCAUGGCAACAGAACUGAUGCGAGUGGUCUCUAAGAAAUUAUCUGGCAAGGAAGUAAUCUUUGGACAUCGGUCAGUGUUUCCUGUCCAGUUUGAUGGUCAAGCAGUUGACCGAUGGUGGAAGCAACUCCUUGUCUUCAAGGUCUACUCCAAGGUUGCAGGUGAUAAACAUCCAACAAUAUUGGGAGUAGCCAGUAUCCCUCUGAGGUCACUCAUUCAAAGUCCAGACCUAGUGACCAUCUCAGAUCUACCGGUCAAGGAUAAGACCUCUCCAUCUAGGACCAGUGACCAGGAUACCAGUCCAAAAGGAAACAUGAUUGGUGUUAUUUCAGUAAGUGAAUAUGCAGAUGAAAUUAAUGUUGUUUGAGAAAUGGGAAUUGUCAUGGAAAAAAAUCUCCAUUAAAGGUAUAGUGUAUGAUUGGUUGAUCUCAGACAAGGGCAAUGAAUCAAUUUUGAAAUUAUUACAUUCAUUAAAUACCUAUAUUAUUGCUCUAUUUUAUCACGGAAAAGAAACUUGCAUAACUUUUAUAUUCUCAUGAUAUUGAGGGGUGAAACAUAUAUUAUAACAAUUAUCGGUUAAUCGAUAUGCCUUGGAACUUUCUUGUUGACGCCCUCUCGGGUUAAAAAAUAAAUUGAUAUUAGAACACCGUUCGAAUCAUGCAUAUUCAUUACGACUCAUGCAUAUUGAUGAAAUACGUCAUGGCGCAUGCGCAGUAUCAAGAAAUCCCCGUAUCAACAAAGUGCAGUACUCUGUGUGUGUAGCUGAGUAGAAAGCAAACAUCGAACGGUGCGUGCAAGCUCAAUGAGCCGAUGCUAGGCGGCUAGCGACAUGCUUGCGCUCUGCAUUAGUUUCAGAUAUAAUCCACUAUUUGCGAUAGCACACACAGGAUAAGAAUACUAUAUUGAGCUAUAUCCAUAAAUGUAUCGUACGCGUGAAAAAGGAUUCAGACACGUUGAUUAUCUGACGUGAAUGACGAAGCAAAGGAUUGCCCAAUACGGCUUACUUUCGGACUCUUAUGUCAUGAAUCUGAAAGUACUCCAAGACUAAAAGAGAUACGAGAAUCCCAGAGAUGGGCAAGGGCCGAGUUCCGAGUUUGAUCUUUAUUCAUGUGGAUUGUAGCUCUUUUAUGCACCUUUCCCUUCAUGUAUAGCUUGGCGUGAUACAUAUACGGGAACUCUGUAUACUGACUCCUUGGCCCUCCCCAAAGGAAAGGGGGAGGGAGGAGAGAGAAGAAAGAAAGAAGUGGAUUGGUGAAAGAGAAUCAGGAGAGCCAUCAUAAAGGGAUAUGGAUACAACAUACCCUAAUUUGAUAUUUUGGUGUUUUUUUAUCUUUCCUGAAUGUUUCAGUCAGUUUCAGAUUAUUUAGAUCCACUCGCAAAGUACAGAGGAGAAAUUGGAAAAAAAAGUUAGACCAAAAAUAUUUAAAACUCUAAACAGACGGCCACCACCAUUCUGUCUACAGCCAAGCAUGAAGGGAAAGGGCGAAGAGAAAAACGAUUACUUUCAGAGCAGGUUCUACGAUAUAAAACAGGGUUUGUUUAAUACGGGGUUAAAUAUAGGCCUAUAGUAAAACAUAACGAAGAUGCAAUCAUAUAGGCCUAUAGUAAAACAUAACGAAUAUGCAACCCCAAUGCGGGGUUAAAUAUAGGCCUAUAGUAAAACAUAACGAAGAUGCAACCCCAAUGCGGGGUUAAAUAUAGGCCUAUAGUAAAACAUAACGAAGAUACAAUCCCAAUGCAACACUUGACUACUCUUCGUUUGUUUAGAUUGAACUCGCGAGGUCAAAAGGUGAGCUGAGAAACCUGUUGAUGCGAAGUACGUACGUGUAGUCUACAUUGUGUAGACCGUGAUAGCAUGAAUGUGACCAACGUACGCAUCAAGUUGCUAAUUUCUGUUAUUUCUGUUGCCGAGGUUUUUACCUGACUGCUAAGAAAGCACGAAUGCCUGUGAGCAAGCAACCAGGGGACCAACGGCUCAAGGUCGAACAAGCAGAGUAAAGGCGUCAUGAGUAAAAAAAUGAGGGGGGCAGACAUGACGUCAGGGACAAGAUUUCUGGGAAAACUCUUAUUUUUGCAUCCACACAAGAAAGCUUGCAUCGAGAUAUGGAAAAAUGAGAAGUUGAGUAUUGCGCGGUGCACGUGCUUCAGAGUUGUGAUUUCCAGGGCCGACCAGCAUGUAGAGUCUUACAACAGAACUUUACAAGGCACGCCGUGGGGCAAAGUGCAACAACGUAUGUGAAAGAAGACUAAGCAAACCUGGAGAAGCAGCAAGGUGCAACAUGUACAAGGGAAUUGUGCAUGUACAUUACGUCUGCUUUGAAAUGUGUACAUGGGUCGCCGAGUUUUUAUGUAGUAUGGGGAGGGGGUGGGGGUAGCCUAUAAUGAUAUAGUAGGGCGCUUUAUACUUUAUACAAUCAUGGACCUAUUAGGUCCAUGCUAUAAUCAAACCAUCAGCACGACCGGUGGAUGGAUGACUGAAAGAAUGGAUGGAUAGGCAUAUAUAAAUGGAUCAUCCAAUUGAUGUAUUUUCCCAAGAAAUGGAUGGUCAAAGAGAAAUGGAUACAAAUGAUGCAGCAAUAGAUAGGGGCACCCCAUGGGAGAUCAACUUGCUACCCCUUCAUAGACAGUAAACAAGUAGAAAGAAUUGAUAAAAAGAUGAAAUUUUAUAGCAACAAAUGAGAGGAAGAAAGGCCUCCGGGAAAGGCCUAUACGCAUACAGAGUGUGCACGAGCAGUUCAACCGUUGAAAAAAUGUGAAUGACUGCGACAUGAGCAGGACAAAGACAUUACUUGCAUCCGGGACUUGCAUCUUGAUUGGCAUAACAUUUUAGACUUAUUUAUCAAUGGAAUUGUAACUCCCAUUUCCCUGCUAUAACUAUAGGAAAAUUGAAUGAUAACUGUUGUUUUAUAGACGUGGAAAUUUAUGCUUCAUAUUAGGACCAAAGAGAUUCUGGCGUACGUGUCAAUAUUUCAAAACUCAUGCGGGAAAAUAAUAUAAUCAUUUUUUAUGAUUGAAAAAAAAGUGCCAAGUUCACACUGUCACGAUUUUUUUUUUGGUGGCGGUGCUGAGGAAAAUUUGACAAAGC